UUAUUAUGAGUUUAUUGACACUGAGUGGACUCUUUGUGAUUCUUGCGGAAUGUUUGGGGGCCAGUGAAUUAACUAAAAAACUGGUGAUUACUGUUGGAGAAAAUGACAGGUUUACUGCCAGUCUACCAGAUGGGUAUGAUAAGUUAGAUGACAACUUCAGAGGAUAUUUUGUUAAACUAGAUGAUUCCACUGGAUGCAAAAAGAACCUUACAAUCCAUGGCUUGGAGAAGAGUGGUGAUAACAUUAACAAAUUCAUUACCUUCAUCGACUGGCCUGGUGAUUCAGAUUGUCAAUUUCUAAAUGUCAUUAAAAACCUUAAGAGUAUCUCAAUCAGCCAUUUUGUUUUAGUGUUAAACAGGGACGAAGAACCUAUCCGUAAAGUUGAUGGUGCAAAUUUUGUUCUACUGGACUAUAAUGGACGUAAAGAAGAUUCUCAAACUGUACUUAAUUUCAAAAAACUAGUCAGCAAUAAUGGGACUUUGCGCAAGAUCGAAGUGGAAACACAGAGGGACACAGAAAACAAUUCAACCAUCCCCAUGUCCAGUAUGGCUAUUCUGUUUGUCACAGUGGCCUUUGUCACCCUCAUGACUGUCAGUAUAGGAUGGCUGGUGUUUUACUACGCGCAGCGCUGCAGACAACGCAACAUGCGUGAGAGAAUGCAGAGUCGGUUAUGUGUAGCAGCAAAAAGAGCGGUCAGUAAACUCCCCACCAAGACCGUACCAGAUCUACCUAAAACUACAAAGAAAAUUAAAAAGUCGGCACCCCCAAUUCCUGAUAACGACAGUACUUGCAGUAGUUGUUCAAGUAAUGAGGAUGCUGACUUUUGUCCUGUUUGUUUGGACUUAUAUAAACCUAGAGAAGUGAUCAGAAUAUUACCUUGCAAGCACGAAUUUCACAAGAAUUGUGUCGAUCCGUGGCUUUUCGACCAUCGAACAUGUCCAAUGUGCAAGCUGGACAUAUUAGAACAUCUCGGAAUGCCCUCGGGGGGUGACACGCUGAACCAGCCGCCACCACCAGCGGUGGAACAGAGCGAGAAUGUGUCUACUAGGGUGGACCAGGAGGUCCAGACAGACUUUGUUAAUCCACCUUCUCCGCAACAACAACACACAUCAUCAUCAGUUGCUGUGCGGAUAACAGGUGAAGAUGAGAUAGAGCCCGCCCCUAUAUCCCCUGUACCUGCAGUGUGAUUAAACUUCCCUGGUCGAGAUCAUCACCUUCUUGAAGUUGCGCCAAUAGCCAUCGCCGUGUACUUAGCACCACGUGACGUCACAAAGAAACCACGUGACUGCUUUAAAUACCACGUGACCUCUUCAAACUACCACGUGACGUCAUAAAACUACCACAUGACGUCAGCAAAGGGCGACGAUUCGUCGCGAGAUAGGAAUACUUCAACACAGUUUUACGCCACUGGGAUUUGGUCAACCACUGCGAUGCACGGCUAUGAUUGAAACUAAAUUGACCGAAUCUGUAAUCUGUAUGCUUCGGACGGUUAAUGAGUAUUGUCUAUAAACUUAAAAUUCCGAUGAAGCGCAAAAAUAUGUUGCGGACUGUGUACAUACUUUGUCCCGAAUAUCAUUCUGUUGCAACAGAAAUGGAGGUUUUUAACUUAAAGGUUGUUUAUUUAUAUUUUGAUUAAAUUAAUUUUAACUUUCGUUAAACAGGAUACAUCAGUUUCAGCAGAAAUUUCGCAUUAAACGUCGUUUUCUGUAGUUUUGGAGUCGAAAUUUCAAUAUUUUGCGCCGUCACUAUUUUUUUAAUAAAAUACAAAAUAAUGUAGCCCAGUGACGCCGAAGACCAAAAAUGAGUCUAACACAUUUCCUGUGUUUGUUUAAUCGCGAACCAUAAAAUUAUCAGAUGUUUGGCUGGGGUGAUAUUGUCAAUGUUGUUUUAACUGUGCUGAAAAAGUAGCCUUAUUUCCACUGAAUAUGUUGCUUUGAUAUUGGGAGGGUAGGAUUGAUGUUUUGUGAGCGUAAAAACGUUCCCAGUUUCUAGUCUGUACAUUAUGAAAGAUGGGCGGGCCAAAAAUUGUAGAUUAAUGCUGGAAAAUCUUAAGAAUGUACGUUUUUGUUUUAUAACGGGCUAAGCCCCUUCCUUUUUUCAACAAAUGUCUACAAAAUCUGGCGGACCCCGUUAUGGUGGCUCAUGGGAUACGCGUCUUAGUGUUAUUUGUACAAAGAGUAUGUUAAUACGCGUCUUUAAUCUUGCCAUAGGAGGAUCUUUAUCAUUGGAUGUUGGGUAAUAGGGAGCCUUUCGACUGGUUGAUUGAUUAAUUGAAUACUUAAUCAAUCGAUUAGAAGGUAUGUGUCCUCCAUACGAAAUUAUACAAACUUUCUGGAAAUAAGAUGGCUAAAAUUUUAUAUCUAACUGAUUUUAAAUCUCGAUAACUUUUGAGUUUAAGAUUAUUUAACUGCUUUAUACCCUGAAAAAUGUCGACAGGCAUUUUCUUUAUUAAUGAGUGUGUUAUUUCUUUCAUUGUAAUGUUUAUUUGUUUAAUAGAUUA